AUGACAGCGAUCGCAGCGCAUCCGCCCGUGUCGGCAGGGUCAACGGUGGGACAGGGGUCUCGAGACGCCAGCACCUCCCGCCCACGUCCUCCACGACCCAACUUCUUCUCUCCGCCCGCCUCCUCCCUCCCCCCUCCCGCAUCCUCCUGUACAACCCGCCCUCCCCGACAACCCAUGGCCGCACUCCUCUCAGCCCACCGCUCCUCAGCCCACCCACUCCGAUCAGAUUGCGACGCCCCGCUCCUCCCCCCCGUGCCGGAGGAGAGGUUGGUCAGGGAUUGUUUGUACCUCUUCCAGGGGAUUGAUGGGGAGUUUGUGCGCUUCAAGCCUGCGAGGUCGCGCUCGCCGGGUCCGCACCGUACCUUCCUCCGAGGGGAAAUCGCAGUACACGGGCCUGCGGCGACAGACCCCGUCGAGGAGGAGGAAGACGAGGGCAAGUUUGAGCAGGGAAUCGAGUGGGUCCUGCACGGGACCGGGUACAGCGUCCCUGCGACACAGAGGGCGUUGGUGCAUAGUUUGAGUGAGGUCGGGUGGUUGUUCAGGAAGAUUCAGAGGGUUCUCUCAAGGGCGGAGGGAGACAAGAAGGGCAAGGGCAGGGCAAGGGGAGGGAUGGUCGAGCAGAGUUUGGGAGCGGAAGUUAGGAGGGAGAUGACGGAGUAUUUCAGGCUCGUUGCGCGAUUGGAGGCGAAGCUGGAGGAGGUACCUGAGCAGCAGGAGGAAGGGGAGAAGGAGGAGAUCGAGGGACUGGGAGACGGCCUCACGUUGCGCAAGUUGGAUGUGUGGACGAGGGACACGAGGUUGAGGAUGCGGAUGAUGGCUACGCUCGUGAGCGACAUCGCCGGCAGCAGCUCCUCAGUGACCGAAACCUCGCCCCUCUCGCACCUGCACGCCUACACGACCCACGGCGACCCCUUCAUCUCCCAAUUCUCAUCGCACCUCCUCUCCACCCUCUCGGCGCCGUUCUUCACCACCCUCCGCGCCUGGAUCUAUGCCGGCGAGCUACAAGAUCCGCAUGCAGAGUUCUUUGUCGUCCCCGCUUCGAGGAAGGGAGAGGAGGAAGGGGAGGAGGUGGCGAGUCAUGAGUUGUGGAAGGGAAAGUUCGUGUACAGGGAGGAGAUGGUGCCGAGCUUCCUAGGCGAGGCGGUGGCCCGGAAGAUCUUCUCGACGGGCAAGAGCUUGAACUUUAUGAAGUACAGCUGCGCCGAUGCGGCGUGGGUCAUGGAGCGCAGUCAUGCCGACCAGCCUGUCCUGCGGUACACCGACAUGUCCUCGCUCGAGCACUCGAUCUCGCUCGCCUACAUCGCCGCCUCCCGCCGCGUCUUCGAGCUCUUCUUCGACAAGUUCCGCCUCAUGGACCACCUCCAAGCGCUCAAGGACUACCUCUUGUUCGGCAAAGGCGACUUUGUCGAGAUCCUCAUCGAGCAGCUCGGUCCGUCGCUCAAGAGGCCUGCCAACACGCUCUAUCGGCACAACGUCACUUCAGCACUCGAGAGUGCGAUCCGCGGGUCCACGCCGGCCGGAUCUGCGGCGCUUUCAAACGUCCUCCAGCGCCUCGACACCCGCGUCCUCGACUCCGAACAAGGCCUCAUCGGUUGGGACGUCUUCCUCCUCGAGUACAAGGUCGACGCGCCGCUCUCGACGAUCCUCGACCCGGCGAGUUUGGACGACUACCGCGCGCUGUUUAGGCACCUCUGGACGAUCAAGCGCGUCGAGUACACGCUCAACGAGUGCUGGAGGACGCUCAUGACCAAGAUGCGGCUCCUCAAGAAGGGUUCCGACCUCGCCUUUGUCCUCCACCAAACCCGCAUCACGCUGAGCGAGAUGAUUUUCUUCGUCCGCCAAGUCGAAUCGUUCUGCCACCUCGAAGUCAUCGCCUGUCAAUGGUCCGACCUCGAGGACUUUAUCGCCAAGAAGGAGGGCGACCUCGAUAAGCUCGUCGAUGCGCAUCGCAAGUUCCUGGAGAAGUUGGUCGAGAAGGCGUUGCUCAAACCGCAGGGGCGCAGGAAGAAGGAGACCAAGCCGUUGAUCGAGCAGCUGCGCGACGUUUUCAAGAUCAUGCUCGUGCAUGUCGCGGCGGCGGAGGACCUAUACGCCUUCUCGAUGCAGUACGAGUCGUACGCCCGUGCGGCAGCCAGCACCGCUCGCGGCCAGCCUCCACUCGCCAUCCAGCGCCCGACGACCGCACAACUCGAAAACCUCGAAGAGCGUCUCGCGAGUUCCGGCGCUGCGUUCCGCGAACAAGCCAAGGACCUAGUCGUCGCGCUCGACCGGAGUCCCGAUCUCGACUUGCGGUUCCUCGCUGUGCGGUUGAACUUCAACUACCAGUUUCGACCGGACCCUUCGAGCACGAGGUCGGAGGUGUAG